UAAUAUAUUCAGUUCGAUAAUUUCUAUUUUCUUUUCUACAUGCCAUGUUAUAGAACUAAAAGACAUAACUUCUUAUGUAAAAUUUAUUUUAUAAAUCAAAGAAAUUUUACAAAAAUAUGUGUUCAAUAAAGCAAUUAAACGCGACAAAACAAUAAUAUGGUAAACCGAAUAAUUCGGCCGAAUAUCCGUUUCGGUAAAGGUUAAACCGAAAAGUAUUCGGUUGUUCGGUCAAGCCACUAUUGGGCGUGUCUUUAAUACAAACGUAUGGGGAGCCGUAUAAUAUAUAUUUAUUUGUUAGGUUCGUGGCAGAAGCCCACCGCUGGGUUGGGCGCGGCGGCGGCCAUUGACCCGCGUCCCUCUCAACACAACUUCUCUACGGUGGCGGUGGUGCCGGUGAGCGAUGAUGUACCGCUCACUGCAUUCACUUACGAGCUAUACCACUCACUGUGCGCUAUAGGUCCCACAGUUCGUCUCACAUCGGACGUGAUAAGGAAACUGCUCGGGCUCACUAUAAUGGACCCUAACAACGAAUACAGGCUGAGCUCAUGGCUCGCGCAGCAAGAAGAUAAGCACAAGGUGGCGUUAUAUCAGUGUGAUCCGAGCCUAACUCAGUGGACGCAGCGUUGUAUACGUCAAGCUGACUGCAUAUUAAUAGUGGCAUUGGGUGACAAGCAGCCAAGUAUCGGCAGGAUCGAGAAAGAGAUAGAACGUCUCGCGAUCCGUACUCAGAAGGAGUUAGUGCUGUUGCGUCGCGAGGGUGGUCCGAAUCCCUCCGGCACAGUACAUUGGUUGAAUAUGCGGUCUUGGGUGAGCCAACAUCAUCAUGUACGAUGUCCACAUCGAAUGUUCACUAGGAAGAGUCAGUAUAGAAUUGUAAGUAUUCAACUCCUUUUAUGUAUUGAGAUCGUAUAUGCAUAUGUAUUAGCAUUCUAAUAUUAUAAAGAGGAAAGAUAUGUUUGUUUGUA